CAGGCUGUUCCCACCGAGCUCCAGGGAGCCGGAGCGCUCACUGCGGCAGCUCGGAGCCCGCAUGGAGGGGGAAAGCGAACUCACUGCCCCCUGGCCGCAUGCAGCCUCAACUGAUGCAAUAAUUUGUGUUCAAUGACAGCUAUGACUAGCUGCGGAAGCCCUGUACCUCUAUGGGAGGAUACCUUUCUAUUCAUUGAGAGGGAUGGUCAUCCGCAGUGUCUUGUAUGUCAAAAGUAUUUAAUUCUGCGAAGAGGUACAAUAUACAACGACAUUAUACUCAUCUUAACGCAGCACACUACGAUCAGGUAGAAGGCGUUGCAUGCAGAGAACUGGUAGCCAGGCUUAUGAACGACAUUGCAGGAGACGUGAAUGAGAGCGGAGAAAACACUACUGAAUCUGCAAUUCGAGCAAGCUACAGGGUCGCGCACAACAUUGCGACGAGUGGCAAGCCAUUUUCGAUGGAACCACUCGUAAAAUUGUGCAUGGUAGCAGUUGCAGAAUGUUUGUUUCCAAGGGAGGUGCAGGCAAUUGAAGGGGUUUGCCUGUCAAAGCAAACAAUGUCUUGUCGAAUCCUGGACAUGGCAGCAGAUUUAGACACACAGUUCAGGAAAAAGGCGGAGAGCUUUGUUGCAUUUUCGCUAGCGCUUGACGAAAGCACCGACAUAUCAGAUUGUGCUCAGCUUGCAGUCUUUGUGCGUGGUGUUGACAUGGAGCUGCAAGUAACUGAAGAACUCUUGGAUGUGAUACCACUCGAUUACACCGCAACAGGAAGUGACAUUUUUGAAGCUGUUUGUGAAUCAGUGGACAAUAUGUAUUUGGAAACAGUAGAGCUAGGUGGCGUAAUGAAAGAUGUCAUGAAGGGUGUGAAUUUUGUGCGGCGUCACGGUAUGAAUCUUCACCAAUUCAAAGGAUUCCUGAAAGAUAUGGAAGCGGAGUAUGGGGAUAUACCUUACCACAGUACAGUUCGUUGGCUGAGUCGGGGAAAAGUUCUUGAUGUUUUCUUUGCCCUUCUUGAGGAAAUAUCCCUUUUUCUCAAAAUGAAAGGGGAAGAAAUGCGUUGUCUGAAAGAUAUAAAAUGGAUAUCAGACCUGGCGUUCCUAGCUGACAUAACUAUCCAUCUGAAUAAUUUAAAUCUGUCAUUGCAGGGCAAAGGGCAGCUAAUCAUUGACACGCACGACCAGAUCAAAGCGUUCAUAGAAAAGUUACGUUUAUUUGAGAGGCAGAUGAGUAAUGGACAUUUAACGUUCUCCAAUCGUCUUGCUUCUUUAAAACUACCUGAAGGUACUAAUUUCAGCGAUUACCAAGCAAAGUUAAAGCAGCUCAUCACGUCAUUUGAAACACGAUUCCGAGACCUCACUAGUUUGGAAAUUGAACUUAAGGUGUUCAGCACUCCUUUUUCAGUUUCCCCCCAUGACUUGUCAUUGUCACUUCAAUUGGUGAUUAUUUAUUUGCAAAAUACAACUUUGUUGAAAGAGAGGUACUACAACAUGUUGGAUUUGUCACAAUAGUAUCGUUCAUUACAGCAAAAAACAUUUCCCAAGCUUCACAACAAUUCCGCUCAGAUCAUGUGCAUGUUUGGAUCUACGUAUUGUUGUGAGCAGCUUUUCACAGCAAUGAAAAGAGUAAAAAGUAAGGAACGAUCGUUUCUUCAGGAUGCAACAAUGAAGGCCAUCCUCCGCAUUAACGCUGCGAUCACUUUGACACCUGAUAUUUCCGAUCUUGUAAUGAAAAGAAAAUGUCAAGCUACAG